CAGCAGCAGCAGCAGCAGCAGCAGCAGCAGUCAUCAACACAAGCAUCAGCACAAGAUGGCAACGCUCCGUUCCUCCUUCCCCCUGAUAUGAGCUGGGACGCGCCUACGACGAUGCACGAAGGCUUGCAGGUUUUCACAGUUGGGCAUCUGUUGCCGCGGAGCAGUGUGGAGGAUCAGAACGGGAAUUGGAUGUUCAACGCUAAUCCUUCGACGGGCGCUGUGGCUCCGCCUGCAGAAGGGGAGGGCGAAGGCGAUGGAGGGAACGAUACGGACAACGAUACCUUGCCAUCGGAGCCUGAUCCAUAUUCUGAAGAAGUCGUGCGUCCGACGCUGUCUAACGGACGAUCGUCGACUGCGCCUACGACUAUCCGCGUCCGGCGGUCUACAUUCGUGCCUGGGUGGGCUGUCCCGCCUCGGGUGUUGCUUGUGGACGACGAUGCUGUGAGCAGGAGGUUGAGCAGCAAGUUCUUGCAGGUGUUUGGGUGCAUGAUUGACGUUGCUGUGGAUGGCGUUGGGGCUGUGAAUAAGAUGAAUUUGGAAAAGUACGAUUUGGUGUUGAUGGACAUUGUGAUGCCCAAAAUGGACGGAGUCAGCGCUACGAAUCUGAUACGCCAAUUCGACCACAUGACGCCCAUAAUCAGCAUGACGUCUAACUCCAAACCGAGCGAGAUUAUGACGUAUUAUUCAUCUGGAAUGAAUGAUAUUUUGCCGAAGCCGUUUACGAAGGAGGGGUUGUUGGAUAUGUUGGAGAAACAUCUUAUGCAUCUGAAAGUCAUUCAACAAAUGUCGAAAAUACCACGUUCGAUCGGCGUUCCGCCUCUCUCAGACCCGUCUUUUAGCGAAGCGCUCGCAGUUGGUGCAUCGCAAUUACAACGACAUGCUUCAUCGUCCAAUCCCAGUUCAUCAUCCAACACAACUUCUUCCUCUUCGAGUCUGCAUCCAAUGCUGGGGAUGUCGGGCUACGAUGACGAUGGACGGAUUAACCCUUUAGCGGGAAUGGGUCUCUCUGACGAGCGAUACGCAGCGAUUCUCAGAGAUAUCGUCACACAGGAGAGUUUUUCGGGCGUUGGAGUUCCCGAAGGAUUCUCGUUCGGUCUUGCUGGUGCUUUGGGUCCCGGAAUGGGAGUAAUGGGAGGGGAGAAGCGAGGGUUGGAUGAUGAGGGCGAUGGGAGAGAGGGGAAGAGGGGACGGUUUGAGAUCAUUGAGUGAGUUUUCAUCUGAAUGGAUGGAUACCGGUUUCGGAGACGCUUUUAUCCUCGGAGUUGACCAUAGGACUCGUUUUUGCGAGCGUUUGUGUAUGGUGUUCUCCAGGAGCACUCGUACUUGUCUAUGUCUUUAUCACCUCCCUUUCACGUCCUACCUUUUACCUUUCUUAUUCUCGUCUCGUCAUGUCAUGAUUUCCUCCAUACCUUCAUGUCACCAUGCUUUGUUUUGCGCUGCGAUUAUGCCCGUCUUCAUGAUAUCAUAUCUUACGCUUUCGUUUUUUUUUGUCAAUUUCGCUUUUUUCUUGUAUCGAGUUUUUUUCUUCUCUUUCUGUGAUCUCUGUAUUACAUACUGUCGUUUUCUCUGUUGCUGUGUUAUAUCGUAUACGAAUUUAGCUUGAGGAGUUUUA